AUGACCAACAGUUCUACCUUCUGCCCAGUUUACAGAGACCUAGAGCCAUUCACAUAUUUCUUUUAUUUAGUUUUCCUCAUUGGAAUUAUUGGAAGUUGUUUUGCAACCUGGGCUUUCAUACAGAGAAACACAAAUCACAGGUGUGUGAGCAUAUACUUAAUUAAUUUGCUUACAGCUGAUUUCCUGCUCACUCUGGCAUUACCAGUGAAAAUCACUGUUGACUUGGGUGUCGCACCCUGGAAGCUGAGGAUAUUCCACUGCCAAGUGACAGCCUGCCUCAUCUACAUCAAUAUGUACUUAUCUAUAAUCUUCUUAGCAUUCGUUAGCAUUGAUCGCUGUCUUCAGUUGACACACACCUCCAAGAUUUAUCGAAUACAAGAACCUGGGUUUGCUAAAAUGAUAUCGGCUGUUGUGUGGCUAAUGGUCCUUCUUAUAAUGGUGCCAAACAUGAUCAUUCCCAUCAAAGACAUCAAGGAAAAGCCCAACGUGGGCUGCAUGGAAUUCAAAAAUGAGUUUGGAAGAAACUGGCAUUUGCUGACAAAUUUCAUAAGUAUAGCAAUAUUCUUCAAUUUCUCAGCCAUCAUCUUAAUAUCUAACUGCCUUGUAAUUCGACAACUCUACAGAAACAAAGAUAAUGAAAAUUAUCCAAACGUGAAGAGAGCUCUCGUCAGUAUACUUUUGGUGACUACAGGCUACCUCAUAUGUUUUGUUCCUUAUCACAUUGUCCGAAUCCCAUACACCCUCAGCCAGACAGAGGUCAUAUCUGACUGUUCCACCAGGAUUUCACUUUUCAAGGCAAAAGAGGCCACACUGCUCCUGGCUGUGUCCAAUCUGUGUUUCGAUCCAAUCCUGUACUAUCAUCUCUCAAAAGCUUUCCGAUUAAAGAUCACUGAGACAUUUGCUUCCCAUAAGGAGUCCAAGGCUCAAAAAGAAAAAUCAAGGUCUGAAAACAAUGCAUAA